AUGGCACCCGUAAAGGCCUUUCUCACUGGAGCGACUGGGUAUAUCGGCGGCGAUGUUUUCUACGCUGUGACUCAGGCCCACCCUGACUGGGAGAUCUCCGUUCUGGUUCGCAACAAGGAGAAAGGAGCCAAACUUGCCAGCGAGUAUCCGAACGCAAGGGUCGUCCAGGGCGACUUGGAUUCGGCUGCUGUUAUCGAAGAAGAGACCAAGAACGCUGACAUUGUAUUCCACUGCGCUGAUUGCGAUCACGUCGCAUCUGCUACUGCUAUCGCUAAGGGCGCCAGCCACCACACUGCUGAAAAGCCUGUGUGGAUAAUUCAUACGUCGGGAACCGGCAUUCUGACAGUGGAAGACUUCCGUACAAACACCUGGGGUCUCGAGCGAUCUAAGCAGCAUGAUGAUUGGGAUGGAGUUGACGAACUUUUGAACCUCCCGGACGACUCGCUGCACCGCAACGUGGACAAGAUCAUCAUCGAAGCUGGAAAACGUGCCCCGGACAGCGUCAAGGUUGCCAUUGUUUGCCCUCCUACAAUCUACGGCCCUGGCCGCGGUCCCGGAAACCAGAAGAGCGUUCAAGCGUAUUGGCUGGCAGCUGCAGUCCUCAAGAGGAAGAAGGGGUUCUUGGUUGGAGAGGGUAAGAACGUCUGGCACCAGAUUCACGUCCAGGACCUGAGUGACCUCUACCGCCUCCUGGGAGAUGCGGCGGCGACCGGCGGUGGUAACGCCACUUGGAAUGACAAGGGAUACUAUCUCGCGGAGAACGGCCCAUUCGUCUGGGGAGAUGUCCAGAGAGCUGUUGCUAAGGCAGCCUAUGACAAGAAGCUUAUCGCUUCGCCUGAUGUCGAACCUAUCAGCGAUGCAGACGUGACAAAACUGAACGAAUUCGGGCUCUAUGCCUGGGGAAGCAGCUCCAGAGGAUGGUCGCACCGCGGAAAGAAGCUCCUGGGUUGGUCACCGAGCAAGCCUAGCUUGCUGGAGCUCAUUCCGUCGAUUGUUGACAUUGAAGCUAAACAGGAGGGAUUGGCUUGA